AUGAAGUUGUGUUUAAAGCUAUUGGUUAUAUGCCUAUCGUUUAUGGCCUUUAGCGAGGCCAUACCAGAAAAAUAUCUCGAUUUUGAGAUGGAAAUUUUAAGUAAUCUGCUACUUCAGAGAUCGAAGGAAAAUGUCGUCGUGUCACCAAUUGCCAUUAAAUAUGCUUUGGAAAUACUGUAUUGUGGUGCCUAUGGCUAUACUGCUGAAGAAAUUCGGAAGGCUCUCCACAUCACCAAAAAUAAGGAUGAUCUGAUCAAACAGGCCAAAAUGACAUCCGACUCACUUAAUCAAACAAUUCUGGAUUUCACCAAUAAACUUUUCUACAACCAUGACAUUAAGUUAUCGGAUAAAUACCGCUUGCAUGCUGAGACUCCAUUCCAUUCCGAAUUUGAAGCUGUUGAUUUCCAUGAAGUAGAAAAAACCAUUGAAAAUAUCAAUGAAUGGAUAUCGAAGAGAACUAAGCGGAACAUCCGACAAAUUUGUAGUGCCAUAGAUGAAGAUACUAUUGCAGAGAUGGUUAGUGCAGCAUACCUCAGAGGAGGUUGGGCUCGUCCAUUCUGCAAAGAAUUCACAGUCAAACGUGACUUCUGCCUCAACAAGGAAAAGUGCAUUAAGGUGCCCACCAUCCACGCAAAGGACAUCUUCAACUAUGCCGAUAGUUCCAUUUUAGAUGCUACCCUAUUGGAAGCGCCUUUUGAAAAGAGUGAUCUCUCAAUGAUAAUCAUUCUGCCAAAUAAGAAGAAUGGUCUCUACGAAUUGGAGGAGAAACUUAAGACUUUCGAUUUCGAUGAAAUUCGUGAUCACUGGACAAUGGAACAAAUGGAUGUUUAUGUUCCAAAGUUCAAAAUUAGUUCUAGUAUUCCACUUAAAGCGGCUUUGCAAAAGCUCGGUAUCUAUGAAAUGUUUACCUAUUCCGCUGACUUUAGUGAUAUGUUGGAACAUGGCCAUGGUUAUAUGCCAAUUUCAGAUAUACAACAUGCAGCAUUGAUUGAAAUUCAUGAAAGUGAUGCCUCCGAUUUGGUUCUGGAUGAAACCAAAACAUACAUACCCUUUUAUGCCGAUCAUCCAUUUGCUUUUGUCAUCCGCAACAAAUACAACAUUUUGUUUGCUGGUCAUGUUGUGUCACUGUAAGAG